AUGACAAAUAGUAAUAAGGCUGAAACUCAAGCACCUUCUGCUGAUGAGGAGGAGGUGGUAGAUUCACUGAUCAAAUUCCGUGAAGAAUGCAUAGCUGAAACGGGGAAAUGGAAAAAAUUGCUUGAUGAAUGUACGGAGCGUGUGAAUUCGAAAAGAAAGACUAAAGAAUCAUGUCAUUAUGAAAUGGUCGAUUAUAUUCAGGCUCUCGAUCACUGCGCUAUGCCUAAGGCUUUCGCAACUUUGAAGUAA